CCGAAGCGGCAGGCCGCAAUAAAGAAGAACGAGAGCAGUGAGGGGAGCAGCCUUCCUCCUCAACUCCGGCCAAGGCAUCCGGGCGAGCCCCACCGCCGCCACAUCCGCCGCAUGGGAGUGGGCGACACAGAUCGGUAGCGUAGUUGAGGUGAAGAAACAAGAACAAAGCAAGAAACAAGGAUAAAAAAGUUCCGGCCCAGCACCGCCUAUGGUGAUAGCAUCCGGGGUCAUCGACAGGGGGCACCUGUCCCCGUUUGGCGGCGCGCCCGCGGACUCCUCGUCCUCGUUCUUCUCUGAGGAUCUUGUUGUCCCACCAGAGAGGCAGGUCGGGUUUUGGAAAUCGGAGUCAAUGGUGGAUCCGAGAGGGAGCAAGUCGGUUUUUGCUUCUCCACUUGAAAAGAUCAAUCCAAUGGGAGCAAAUCCUGAAGGCGGUCUGGGACGCCCACGAGGUCAAGGCUUCAAGGGCCUAGAUAUCCUUCGUGUCAGUAAAUUGACGGGGCAAGGAAAUGGUUCCACUUUACCGUCAAUAUCUUGGGGUGAUAUGAUCACGGCUCCUGGAUCUAGGCCUGGAGAGACAACCAUUGCUGAAUCAGCUAGUGGCAACUCGAAAAUAAUGGCAAGUGGCGUCCACAGUCAGUCUGCCGAUACACUUGGCUUCAUCUAUGAUGGAAAUGAAGCUCUAGGGUCCAUGGAAGAAGUUGAAGCUCAAACUAUUGGAGAUCUUCUACCAACCGACGAUGAUUUGAUAUCGGGCGUUGUCGAUGGCUUUGAUUUUGCUGGCCUGUCCAUCAACCAAGAUGAUGCCGAUGAAGAUAUAUUCGGCACUGGAGGAGGGAUGGAGCUUGAGAGUGACGAUUCCAUUAAUAAAGGCACAAAAAAUCUGGAAGGAUCCUUGAAGUGCCAAUUCUCUGGGGAGAACUAUAUCAAUAAAUGCCCUUCCAGAACUCUUUUUAUCAGAAACGUUAACGCCAACAUUGCUGAUUCUGACCUAAGAGCUCUAUUUCAGCAAUAUGGGGAUGUGCAUAAGCUUUAUGCCUGCAAGGACCAGGGGUAUGUGACAGUCUCUUACUAUGACAUAAGAGCUGCCCAAAACGCAAUGAGAGCACUUCAUAGCAAGCCUCUGGGCCUGAUGAAGCUUGAUGUGCAAUUUUCCUUUCCUAAGGAAAAUGUCUCAGAUAAUGAUAUGGACAGGGGGAUUUUCAGUCCAGUUAGUCUGCAGUUUGAUAGAUCACCCCAUGGCAUCUGUACAAGUGGUCCUCAGAAGCUGUCGUCACCUAUCAGAAUAGAACCCGCGCGUCAGUACAAUAAUCAAGCUGCUAUCAGCGAACUUGGUGGGUCACUUGGUCAAGGAAACUUUGGACGUGGAAUGCAGAUGUUCCACCCACACUCACUGCCGGAGUGUCACAACAGCAUCUGUAAUAGCUCCAAGUCGAUGACAUCAAGUGGCAGGAGCGCUAGCUUCAGAGGAGAUGGAGUGGAUUACAGUCAUCCCCAGAAAGUGGGUUCCAGUAGCCUUCAUGGUCAUUCCUUCGAUCCAAAUAAUGAAGCGUCUGGGGUUACUGGAGUUGGAAUUCCCCUUCAUGGACAGCACUACAGUUGGAAUAAUUCAAAUGCUUUUCCUCAAAGCCCCUCCUCUCCGAUGAUGUGGCCAAAUGUGCAGCACCCACUGCGCACACACGGUGGUUAUCUAGGUGUGUCACCUCACACACUGAACACCGGUGCUUAUCCAAUUGAUCAACACCACAUGGGUUCAGCUCCAAACAAUGGAGGCGGUUUUGGAAAUGUUCAUCCAGGGUCCCUUGGAAGUGUAGGGUUCCCUGGUAGCCCUCGCCUGUAUCCAUCAGAUCUCAGUGUCUUCCCACCUGCCAGAGGAAACUACAGGGAGACCAUGUUCUCCCUGGUCAGCACUGCUGGAUUUCCAUCGCUGCGGCAGAUGAUCAACGGGAGGAACCCGAUGGCCCAGGUCUCCGCCUCUUACGACGCUACGAAUGAUCGGAUGAAGAGCCGCAAGCACGAUGGAAACAAUGUCCAGCCAGAGAACAAGAGGCAGUUUGAGCUUGACAUUGAACGCAGCAAGGGCGAAGACUCGCGCACGACACUGAUGAUCAAAAACAUUCCUAACAAGUAUAAUUGUAAGCUGCUUCUGGCCGUCAUUGACGAGAACCACCGCGGAACCUAUGAUUUUGUCUACCUUCCGAUUGACUUUAAGAACAAAUGCAAUGUGGGCUAUGCUUUCAUCAAUAUGACUGAUCCACAGCACAUAAUUCCAUUUUACAAGACGUUUAAUGGCAAGAGGUGGGAGAAAUUCAACAGCGAAAAGGUGGCAUCGCUUGCAUAUGCCAGAAUCCAGGGCAGGAGUGAUUUGAUCUCUCAUUUCCGGAAUUCUAGUCUGAUGAACGAGGACAAAUGGUGCCGUCCUAUACUUUUCCACAAAGACGGUCCAAAUGCAGGGGAUCAGGAACCUUUCCCUGUUGGGAACAAUAUCCGGCCCAGGACUGGCCGCAACAGGCCGCUCCACAGCUCGGACACUAGAGGCGACGACGCGAGCCUGUCAACCUCGCCUAACCAGGAGAACUCUAACCACAGAGCGAACACUGUCGAGGGCGAGCACUCGAUUUUCGUUCACUAACCGUGGACCGAGGAAAGCUGCAAUAAACCGUCCCCAGUUUUGCUAUUUAUUUUUCUCCUCGGCAAUGUCGAUGGGCGUUUUUGCCUGUUAGUUUGGAGAAUAGCGAGAUGGUCGAAGACGCAGAGGUGACUUGUGUUUUGGGCGUGUUGGAACAAACUUGUACAGUGGAGUUGUGAGGGGUGUUUGAAUGCUAAUUGACUUGAAUGUUUGGAAACUUGUUUGUUUUGCUCAGAUUAGCUUGAUCUUGUUCUGUAUAAUUGUCAACAUUUUCUGCAAUGAGUGUCUGAAAACUACUGUUGGUGACAAAUGGUAUGUCGGCAAUGUUAACUACCUGCACCUAGUUGUAACUUCAGUUGUACUCGUAACUUAUUAAUAAAAGACCGUGUGCAUCAUCACGAUGCAGAAGCCGGGGUUUUAAUCCUCA